AUGGAAUUCUCAACCAAAGUUGUCCACGGUGCCCACGACCAUCUUGUGGGACGUCACGGCGAAGGUCUCAAGCUGGCGGUCCAGGUUCUCUCUCGAGAUAGCUACAACGUGAGUAUCACUGCAAGUGGUUGCAAUUGGAGGUUUGACAUGCACGCAGACGCCGCUUCGGUUUCGUGUGCUGUUACACCAUCUCAGAAAACCAAGUCGAUCGAGUGGACCGAUCCUGCCCUCGACAUGGCAAGCCUCCGCUACCAUGUGGGGAGGGACGUGGCAGUGGUGAUCGGCGCGAGGCGGGCCAGGUCAGGCCAACCGCCGAUCGCGCUAGACGCGUUUGUGAAUUGGCUCCACUUGACGACGAUGGACAUUCGCGGGCUCACUUACCCUUCCGUAAUUAUUUCCACGCCACAUGGCGACUUUAUUCUUGAUCCCCAGCUGCGAGGUCCUCUCUAUCACAAUGGGAUCACCUUGACCAGUUCCACCGUGGGCGGCGCAUUCCUCUUCGCGUACAAUUUUGCCUCUUUGACCACCUGCCACGAGCGUCACAGACUGAAAUCCUGGCGGGAUGCGGCUCGCCAAGUGCAACGAAUAUGGGAGGAAGCUCCAUGUAAGCAGAAAGAUACCAUCUUGCCUCUACUUGUCGAUCUGUUGCGGAAGCAUGCCCGUUCUGCCGACGCCGAGAUGAUAGGCCCUUUCUAG